GGAGUUAAAGUGAAAGAUACGAAGAUUAGUGUGGCUUUUCUGCAAUAAGAUAGAGUUGAUUAAUAAGAAGAGACUUUAAUUAUUAUAUAAACGGCCAAUUACAGAAGUCGUCUCCCUCCCUCCCUCCGGAUAAGAGACUCUGCCUUUGUCAACCUUGAGUUUUCAGGGAAGAAGACGAAGAUACAAGAUAAUGGCUACUACUCCUAUUAAACUCCUAUUAAGAUACAAGAUAAUGGAGAAUCAAUCAUUCUUCUUGAUGACAAAAAAAAUAAAAAUAAAAAAAAUCAAUCAUUCUUCUCUCAACUUGUCUGAAACGAUGCGAACGAUUCAAGUUUUUGACCUUUUCAUUUCUUCAAUGUGCUUACUUAUACUGGUUUUGCCCCGGCAAGUUUCGUUUUCUGAGAAGGUAAAAGGAGUUUUAGCUCAGGGAGUGUUUUUGUUUAAUCGUGAAGAACAUCCGAGAAUUAAGUCAUGGUCGUUGCACGCCAAGUGUUUGUGUUAUUGUCUGUGUUGGUGGCGUGUUGGGGACUGCAGAGAUGUGAGAGUGCUGGCAAGUUCAGCUUCGAAGUUCACCACAUUUUCUCUGAUGCUGUCAAGCAGAAUCUUGGGUUUGGCGAUCUAGCUCCGGAAAAAGGAAGUUUGGAGUAUUUCAAGGUUUUGGCCCACCGUGAUCGCUUCAUCAGAGGUCGAGGUCUUGUCUCCAACAACGAAGAACCCCCUCUCACUUCCAUGGAGAGAAACCUCACAGUUGCAGUUGAUUUUAUGGGAUUCCUGCAUUACGCCAAUGUCUCUGUGGGAACACCAGCUACUUGGUUCUUGGUGGCUCUGGACACAGGCAGCGAUUUGUUUUGGGUGCCUUGCAAUUGCGGUACUACUUGCAUCCGUGACUUGCAAGAUGCUGGGUUUCGAAAGAGUCUACCACUCAAUCUAUACAGUCCCAAUGCAUCUUCUACAAGUUCAAGCAUUAGAUGCAGUGACAAGCGUUGUCUUGGAUCACAAGGAUGUUCUUCUCCUACAAGUAUUUGCCCUUAUCAGAUUCCCUACUCUAGCACCACCGUCACUACAGGGACAUUGUUACAGGAUGUAUUGCAUCUGGUCACAGAGGAUGAGGAUUUAAAGCCCGUCAAUGCUAAUGUCACGCUUGGUUGCGGUCAGAAUCAGACAGGUGUGUUCCAGAGAAAUAUUGCUGUGAAUGGUGUUCUCGGGCUUGGUAUGAAAGAUUAUUCUGUUCCGAGCCUUCUAGCAAAAGCUAACAUCACUGCAAACUCCUUCUCAAUGUGUUUCGGUCGUGUCAUUGGCAUUGUCGGAAGAAUCAGUUUUGGAGAUAAAGGCUACACAGACCAGGAGGAGACUCCUUUAAUUUCUGUUGAAACAAGUAUGGCGUAUAGUGUGAAUGUGACGGGAGUAUCAGUGGGGGGAGAUCCUGUUGAUGUUAGUCUGUUUGCACUGUUCGACACUGGCUCAUCAUUUACUCUCUUACUGGAGCCAGCAUAUGGUGUUUUUACCAAAGCUUUUGACGAUCUUAUGGAUGAAAAGCGACGCCCUGUUGAUCCUGAGUUUCCAUUUGAGUUCUGUUACGACUUGAGGUCUAGUAUACUAAAUUCUGAUGCUCGUCCUCUUCACAUGCAGUCCAAACGUUACAACACCCGUACAGAUGACUUUCGUUGGAGGAUCCAAGAUGACUCUCAAGAAUCCGUUUUUUGUAGCCAGGAGGGUACUACCAUGUACUGCUUGGGUAUUCUGAAGAGCAUAAAUCUCAAUAUCAUCGGACAAAACUUGAUGUCGGGCCACCGUAUUGUAUUUGACCGCGAGCGGAUGAUUUUGGGUUGGAAGCAGUCUAAUUGUUUUGAAGAUGAAAGCUUAGCAUCUCAGUCUCCUCCACCACCAGAGGUCGAAGCUCCUUCGCCACUACCUCAUCCUCUUCCUCCUGCUGCUUCUGCUACACCGCCUCCGAUCGACCCUCGCAACUCCACAAGAAACUCUGGCUCAGGCGGUGCAGCCACUCUUAUCCCUCUUGCUGCUCAACUCCUACUUCUUGUACCUUUUUUUGCCUUCCUCUGAAUCACAGAAGCCAUUUGUUUUUUGCUGGUUUGACUAUUUUAUACAUGUUCCAUUCAUAUUUCAUAAUAAUAAGCAAAAACACAUAUAUUAAAUGGUUUGAGACUUGUAAUUUUAUCUCCGGUAUGUUUUUAUUAAUAAAAAAAAAAUGGUUUGGA